GCAUCGGAGUGCCCGGCCGGUUGGGGUGGAAUGCGUCUCCCCGUGGUGUUUGGGCUCCUCGUCGGCUGCGCCCUGAUUUUCGCACCUGUUAACGAGGGCUGUGGGCCGGGGAGGGGACAUGGGAAAAGGCGGCCUCCGAAGAAACUGACACCCCUUAAUUACAAGCAGUUUAGUCCAAAUGUAGCCGAGAAGACAUUGGGAGCCAGCGGGAGAAUCGAGGGCAAGAUCACCAGGAACUCGGAGCGCUUUAAAGAGCUCACGCCGAACUACAACCCCGACAUCAUCUUCAAAGAUGAGGAGAACACAGGUGCGGAUCGACUCAUGACGCAGCGCUGUAAAGAUAAGCUGAACUCUCUGGCUAUCUCUGUGAUGAACAUGUGGCCCGGGGUGAAGCUCAGGGUGACCGAGGGUUGGGAUGAAGACGGCAAUCACUUUGAAGAUUCACUGCAUUAUGAAGGAAGAGCUGUUGAUAUCACCACCUCUGAUCGAGACCGUAAUAAAUAUGGCAUGUUGGCCCGUCUAGCGGUGGAGGCCGGUUUUGAUUGGGUAUACUAUGAGUCCAAAGCUCACAUCCACUGCAGCGUCAAGUCAGAGCACUCUGUGGCUGCUAAAACCGGCGGUUGUUUUCCAGCAUCGGCUCUCGUCACUGUUGAGGAUGGAAGCAUGAAGACUUUGGACAGCUUGCAGCCUGGAGAGAAAGUCCUGGCUUCAUCGGAGAGCGACGGAAGCGGGACGCUUGUCUACAGCGAGGUCAUCGCUUUCCUGGACCGUGAUCCUUCCACAAGGAAGCAGUUCUUCGCCAUUGAGACAGACUCGGGUGCGAAACUGAGCUUGACGGCGGCUCAUCUGUUGUUUGUAUCUGAAGGGAACUGCUCAGGGUCUGUGGCCAAUGCAGAACUGCGGUCUGUAUUUGCUAGCGAUGUUCUUCCGGGUCAGUGUGUGGUGUCUACACAAGCAGCAGGACAGCAUGGACGUCUAUCACGGGUCUCUCGGAUCCAAAUACAGGAGGACAAGGGGGUCUUCGCUCCGCUCACCAGCCAUGGGACGGUGGUGGUCAAUGGCAUUGUUUCCUCCUGCUACGCAGCCGUGGACCAGCACUGGCUGGCUCACUGGGCAUUUGGGCCACUCAGGGUACUUUAUAACUGGAGAGGUCCAGUUGGACAUCAGGCCAUAGGAAUACACUGGUAUUCCUCACUGCUGCACUGGAUCGGGACUCAAGUGCUUGAUCCAGCACACUUCCAUCCCUGGAGCAUGAUGGACAAUGAUAGAUGAAAAUGAGGAAAGAAUGAGAAAGUUUCUAGGAAAAAAAAACCUAAAAACCCAGGUAUACUUCUUUUCCCACUCCAUCUUGCACACAGGUACCGUAUACUUAACUGCAAAUACGUGUGAAUGGGUGAUUUCAACACAUGCACCACCUAGUGGACUCAUUCCCACAUCCUCUCCUGCCUGCACAGACAAAAAUAUUGGGGUUUCUCAAACACUCUUGAGGACUGAAGUAGCUUAAGUAUAUGUUGAUAUGUGGGUUUAUAGCCUGGGACACACCAAGCAGAUAUCAGUGAAAUAGCAUCAAUGAAAACUGUGUGUUGUUGCAUUGCGUCAGCUGGAAUGAAAAGGUGAGAAGGAACACACCAAAUGGACGACAGCUGACUGAAACAAGAAAGUAGGUUCUGCGCCUGCAUGAGGAUGUAUUUUGCCUGCAGGUUGCAGUAGUCCAUAAUGUCAAACCAGAACUAGUAUGAGUUGUAAAAAAAGCAGUGAUGUACCACUUUCAUAUUAAUACUCCAGCAAAUAUGUCAGAUAAUCUGAUAAUCCAUAUUCUUUGCAAAUAUUCAGUUUUCUUCUGUACUCUGGUCAACACCAAUUCCACAUGCUGAAUCGAACAAACUCCUUCCAAUGUGAGCUCGACAAAAGGCAACGUGUGAAACACACCAAACAAACUUGCCAGACGCUCACCGACAGUCCAUCAAUGUCCAACAGCUGAUCAUUGGCUUGGUGUGUCCUGGCCUUUAAGAAUUGUCAACAAUGUAGUGAUGUAUUACACAGAUGUCACUUUAAAACAAAGCAGGUUUAAACCCAAAAAAGGUGCUCUAGCGAAAGACGCUAGCGGUCAUGGUCUUUAGCCUCCUUGUUAGAGCAACCUCCAUGCGCUGAGUUGCCGGUUUGAUCCCAUCUCAGAGCGGUUUGGGGAGUGUAGGAGCGGCAGGGUUACAUUGGUGCCGUGACCUGUAUGGAAGUGAGGUUUAGGGGGGUCAGCUAGUGAAGUGUUGUGCAGGUAAAUCUCGCUCCUCUGAACCUGAAAAAGGUUCUCUAGUGACAGACACUAGAGGUCAUGGUCUUUAGCCUCCUUGAGCAACCACAACCCCGGUUUAAUCCCAGCUCAGAGCGGGUUAAGUAGUGUAGGACAGCAGGGUUACACUAGUGCCGUGACCUGAAUGGGAGUGAGGUUUAGGGGGGGUGAGUGUAACAGAGGCCAGCUAGUGCGCUGUGCAGGUAAAUCUCACUCCUCUAAACCCGAAAAGGUGCUCUAGUGAAAGACGCUUGAGGUCAUGCUCUUUAGCAUCCUUGUUAGAGCAACCAACUCCCAUGUGGAGAGUCGCUGGUUUUAUCCCAGCUCAGAGCAGGUUGGGUAUUGUAGGACUGGCAGGGUUACAUGUGAACAACUGAAAUGAUCCAAUCACAUGGGUUUCAAUUGAGAUGACUGGAAUUUACACCAAAUUUCACAGAGCAAUGGUAAAUGUGACCGCACCAUAAGUGAGAAGUCCUACAAUGAAGAACACAAUCAUUUAAGACUCUGAAAAAACUGUUCAAGACUAGAAUGCAGCUUUUCUGUGAGUCGAUCCUCAAGUGAGGAUAUGGACGUGACAAAAUUGAUCUUUAAAACCCAUAUUUAACACUUAUCACAUGGGUUUUCUUUACUGCCUACACUGGAACAUUAUCGCAAAUAUACCAAGACGCACACACGUACACUGAUAUCUCAUGUUCAGUCUCAUACACAUUGACUAAACAUAUCAUUAUAACCGCUGAAGUGAGGAAACUAUAGAUGAAUUUCCUUUAUACUCAGGUAUGCAGUGACUCAACCACAGGUGAUCAGACCAACGCAGGCCAGAUAAGAUUUGAGACAGAAGAGGAAGUUCUGUUAAUAAAGAGACUGGAAGGUACACACAAACACACCCACAGAAACGUACACUUAACAAGCAGGCCUUUAAAACAUCAGGUAUAUGUACUUUCAGAUUCAUAAUGGUUUCACGUUCAUGCAUAUGGUCAGUUACAUGUUUCUCGCUGUAAAAAAUAGAGGUGUCUUUCCC